AUGGCUGACAGACUCACACAACUCCAGAUCUGCCUCGAUCAGCUGGUGGAGCAGUUCUGCGCGACACUACACUACGUGGACACCCACCAUGAGUUCAUUCCAGCUGAAGGUGAAGAGGCGAUGACGGACCCACAGGCGACGGUGGCGACGAAAGAGGAGUUCAAGGACACCAUCGACGAGCUGUCGACGGACCUGAUACUGAAGACACGCCAGAUCUUCGCGCUCAUCGACAGCUUACCGGGUGCCGGGGUCAGCCAACAGGAACAGAUCAAGAAGGUUGUUGAUCUACAGAAAGAGCUGGAGUCAGUGGAGGAGGAGAAGUUGCAAGCCGUGAGGCAAAAGGACGAGCUCCUGGCAUGGUGUAACGAUCUCGUGACGAGCUUCUCGAAGGAGCUGAUAGAAUCUAAGAAAAUGGCGUAG